AUGACAUCUGCUUACAGCGAAAGCACAUUUGUCUACCACGGGCUCCAGACCGACACGUCUUCGCAUUUGGCUGAAACUGAUCAAGUUAAAUCUUUGAUUAAGGCUUUCCUUGAAAAUGUCAAAUCCAACCCCGACAGUCCUUUCAUCAAGGACAAGGAACUUGAAACUUCAGUAUGGGCUUACUUUAAGAGCCUAAGACUGGGAGAAAAGACCGAGAAAUUGGUUCUACGAACCCUCAAACUGGCAGUGACUCUGACACACCAAGCCUACACUGCACUUCCAUUUAAGGUCAAGGUCCUCUGUGCCUCCCAGUUCCUCUAUAUGUUCUUGGCGGAUGAUGCUGCAGAAGAGUUCAUGGAAUAUCUUCAAUCAUUUAGCCAAAAGUUAGCGUCCCUCCUUAUCAUACCCAUCCAGGCACAUACUGACGCUUCCAGCUUCGUCCUCAACAAAACACACCACCAUCCCCUCCUGAAUGCAUUCGACAGUCACCUUCGCUCUCUGGCCGAUUAUUAUGGGCCCUACUGCCACUCUGCGAUCAUCAAAUCAUUGUUCGACUAUAUCAAUGGCAAUAUUAUUGAGCACCAAAUGGAGCAGUCCAACUUUGAGUUUCCUUCCGAGUCUCGACUCAUGCCUAUGUUCCUGAGAACUAAAGUUGGAGGGGCUGAGAUCCUUAUCCACCUCCUAUGGCCAAAGUCCCUCUUCCCCGAAGAGGAAUAUGUCAUGCAAUAUUUCCCGGCCAUCCAAGAACUAGUGCUGUUCACGGACUUCACAAAUGACAUCCUAUCGUAUUACAAGGAAUUUGUCCUCGACAAUGAAAAAGGGAACUUCGUUGCCAAUUUCGCCAGCACCCAUCACAUGCAGCAGCUGGAUGUAUUGCGACAGCUAUCUAGCUAUACACCUCUGGUAAUCAACUCGGUUUAUACGAUGUUUAGGGAUAGGCCAAAUUUGCUUCUGUCGACUGAGAACUUUGUCCGGGGUUGGAUUAUGUUGUGCACGGCGCAUCGUCGGUACCACCUGGUAGAGUUGUUUGCAGACGAGCAGUUUUUGCCGCCUUAUGACGAGGACUCGUAG